CCCGAAACAACGCAACCUAUAAAUCAAAACCAACAGGAGCCACGACAGGGUGGUUUAGUGGUCUUUUUUUGUCUAUAAUAAGAACCAAUUUUUGUACUUGUACUUCUGGGGAACGGGAACAAGAAGAAGUUUUGAAUAUAUAAAUUUAAAGGAAUUAUUGACACCCUACCGAACUCGUUCUUUGCCCGUACCGAACUCGGCUCCCCGUAGUUUUCCAUGGAAAACUAAAGGAGAGUGUUUGAGACUCUAAAACACAAACCACAGUAGAUGACUAGAACAGCAUCACGAGAAUACCUUAAUUUUAAAACUUUUGCUUGAAGCAGCACAGACACCGUAUUUCUUAAUUCAUCGCACUCUCAAAAUGUCGGAGCCUGAAGAUUCAUGGAUGAAACAAUACGAUGUGAUGGUGCAGGACGGGCGAGGUGCAAUCUAUUGCACGAAAACGCACGUCGAGGAAAUCACGAACUGGUGCGCCGCGGCGAUGUUGUCUCUGCAGGACAAGGACAAGAGGGUUGCGUUCAACGCGGUCGCCGAAAACGCAAGCAGACUCGUCCGCGACCUGCUGGUAGAGUACCAGCGCCACAUCAAGAUUGUGGACAAGAACGGUCAGGAAGUUAGGGGACCUCCUGACGCUUUCAACGUCGAGCUGGCCGCACUGGCCCCCAGCUUAGCGAAAAAGACGUGGACGACCCAGACAACGGGGUCGUCGCCCGGCGCGCAGGAUGAUGAAAUAGAACCGGUCAUACGGGCGGACGCGGUGGAGUACAAGCACGACAAAGACAAAGAGCCGACCAGAAAGACAACAUUAAAGGCGGUUGUCCUCUUGUCGCAGGAGCUCGGCAAGCAGUUGAGUGUUGUUUGCAACAUGUACGAGCAACUACAGUGUGCGGUGACGAAACUGCAAGAAGAAGACGCAUUGGUCGAUCGUGCAGCUCCUACAGCAAGCCAUCAGGGUGGGAGUCAGAUGAUUUAUAUUUGUUUUGUUUCAUGUUUGAAUACGUCGUCAACUUGACAACUUCGAUUCCGAUUACUGAUAAUACUGUGGCAAAGGGGGUAUUAGAAUCUAUCUUUCCUAUUACGACCAAGGCACAAUGAAUGGAAUCAACCAUACUCGUCUUUUCCCAGUCAUCAUAACCAUUUUUCUCAUCCAGGUUCUUCUGAUGAUCGUCGUGAUCUUGGAACGGACAACGUGCUCUUGGUGCAGGGAGGUUCGCCGUCGCGAACAAAGAAGGGUGGUCUCAAUCUGCCUAGUCCUGACCACAAAAACGCGGUUGCACUAGAAUUACCGCAACCAUCCAUGGCCGCCUCUCAUUGCCGCAAUGUGCCGGAAAGUGGUAUUUGCUAGUGGCAGCGUAGAAUUUUCCGUUUGCUGGAGGGACAGUCGCAAGAGGUUUUGUCCGCAUUGUGGCCUUGAGGCUUUUUCAUGCAAGGGAAUGUUGAUCUUUCAUGAUACUUUUUUUUCUACUCAAUUCACCAUGUCCUCAGGUAAACACCCCGAAAUUCUUUCGGAAGAAGAACCGAUUGCGUCGAAAGCAGCAGGAAUAGGGUUUGGGCGUCCAAGUGAGAGCGCUUCUGACGACUCGCACAGCUCCGCCGAUGACGAGGUGGAUCAAAGGAUCACCGGGAUCACACUAGGUAUUCUGCAAUAUUUUCUUCACUGUAAUGAUGGAUUUGGAUUUUCGUCAAAAGUGGCGUGAACAACGCAAAAUGAAAUUUAAAUUGUAAAUUGUCCUUUCCUUAUUCUUAUUUAGCUCUAUAAAUUACUUCUUCACAGACUGUUCAUUCUCGAACUCGGAGGGUCCAUCGCGUUAGAAGAAUCAAAAAAAUAGAAAAAACAGCCAUUAGAAGCGACAUGACAUAAAGAACGCACAGCCACAAGAACCCUACAACCCUACAAGGUGCGUCGAAGAGGAGAACCGACGCACCGUAUAGCCCGGACCCGGACUGGAAUUCGCCGGCCCAACAGCAGCAAACCAGGUUUCAGCGGAAGCGCAUCAAGCCCAUGAAAUACUAUGCGAGCUCAUCAUCCGCCGUUGCAAAUAAAACCCAAGGGAUGACUGAUCAGGAGGACAAAAUGAACACAGUCAAAACAAAGCAAAAUAACACGACCUCCUCCGCCUCGAGCAAUCUGAACCUGAAGUUAUCCGAGUCAACAUUAGCACAACCCGCGUUCGUCGGGCAGCCGAAUAAUUCCGGUGAUAUUCCGGGAAGUGCGUUUUUGCCGGAGAGUCGAGACUACAGCAACAAGAGCGGCUUGAAAGGAAGGACACCUACGACCCGCACGACUUCGCAGCCCUUGUUUGGUUGCUCGUUGUCCUCGCACCUGCAAGACCCAGCUGUCAGUAACGCAAAAUCACAAAAUUCUCCAGAACCUGGCCACGUCAUCCCACCCGCACCAUCUGCGGAGCAACCAGCAAGAGCUAAAGACUUUGCGGCUAUUGCUGCUGAAAUCGACGACAUGUCCUUGCUGCCCCCGGAGUCGGGCAAGAUGACGAAAACGCAGGCCGGGAACGGGAAGAAACCGGCGGUGGCCGAAGCUGAACCAGGGCACCUCGUCGGGGAGAUUAAAAACAAAAACCAAAUCGAGAAGAUGAAGGAGGACACGAUAAAGCAGACACCAAUUGGUCAGAUUACCGAUCCGGCAGCAGCAACUCUGAAGGAAGAGGGCGUUGACAAGGAGGGCAACAAAGCAACGUCCACCUCGGGUAAAAGCAGCACUGGCCUGGAAGAGUCCCAAGCAGUCGGGCCCGCAGCUACUGGGAAUAAGAAUAACCACAGCGCCAUCUUAGACGCCCCGAACGCGAACGACGAAAUUCAGCAAGUGCUGGCAACGGAACAACAGCUCAUCAAAACGUCCGUGGACGCAAUAUUGGCAGAGUACAACAAUGGGGGCAUCCCACAAUCACUGGGCGAAGGUUCCUUCGGCCAGGUUAUGCGGGUCUCUACGGCGGAAAAAGGAGACGUGGCAGUCAAGCUGACAAAACUGCGGAGGGGUUUGCUUACGAAAGUCGGGAGGGGCACCCAGAGCGAAGUGUGGGAUUUUUGCGGCAGCACGGAGCGCAGAGAAGUCCUACGGGAAGCUGUGUUGAUGGACGACAUGCAUACGAUCAAAGACGAGCUAACUGCACUGGGACGCUACUUUCCAGAUUCUUUACAGACCUCGGUGCUGCCAGCCACACUCUAUUUCUGUGAAGCAGAUACAGCUACCUGGAUGGAAAUAUUGGUAUAGAAGAAUUUACAUGUUUUACCUUCUCCACCAUCUUCACCCGCGUGCAGCGGAAGAACCGUAUCUGUAGUAAUGCUGUCUACAAAUAAAUGCGAGACAUUUAUAUAUUCUUGUUCAGCGGGACCUUCACAAUUUCACGACCAUCAAAUUAAAAUACUGAUUCAGGUGUUGGUCCUGCCGCUUGUAGACGGACUUCUGAAGCCCGGCGACGCGUUCCUGGCGCAACUCCGUGAAUUCGAGGAGCAGGUGGCCGGCAGUGGUCUAAUCGCAGUGAGAGAAUGGGUUCACGCUCUUCUCGACGCACUCAACUGGCUUUUUCAGAGCUGCGAAGGAGUUCAUUUCGACCUGUGCUUUGAAAACAUUCUCACCAGUGUCAAGAGCACCAGUAAUACACAAAUGGUAAGAAAAAAUUGCAGUAGAGAUAGGUGAUUUUUGCGUCUACUGUGUUAAAAGACUUCUAGGAUGCGCCGUCGCUCGUCAUUCAAUUGCGACGAGCAUGUCUAGUUUCGUGUGUCAUAAUUCGUGAAGAUGAACUUGAUUCGGUUUAGCUUUAGAAUGAUCUUGAAGCGGCUUCAUUAACAACAUCUGGAAAAACAGGUCGGCGGAAAAACGCUAGUUCCAAAGUUGUCGGAUUUUGGAAAAGUUCGACGAGUAGGAUCCAACGGGGACGGAGACGUUUACGGCAACUCCGACAACGCGGGGGCUUCGCGUUUAACACCGAAAUCCCGCCGCCCGAACGUCACGGCGACGACCGACUUUCCAGCAUUAGCCCUCGCAAUGUGUGAGAUGAUUGCUGGUUGUAUCGUGAGAACGAUUCCCUGCCACAGGCAUUCCCAUUUUGUUUUUGGGGAAUUUUUGUCGGUGUAAGCAUGAGAAUUAAAGGUCGUGUCGCCGGUGGACAGUGCGCCCACUAACUUUCGGCCAAUGCAAAAAAGGAUGCCGAAAGCUUUAACUUCUUGAUAGAGCAUAUAAAAGCGCCAGACCCGCGACAGUUUCUUUGUGUUCGUAUGUAGCAGAGUGUGUUUCCUCACGAUAGCCAUCCAUAUCGUAGAAUAUUUCAGCUUUGAAACGGGUCACGCCGCGACAUACGCAACACAUGGCGCAGCAAUUCGGGCGGUGGCGGCCGGAUUACAAUCCGUGCCAACGGAAAUACCGCUGACAGCAGCCGAGCCGCAGGUACUCGACAAUACGGCGAACGUGGAGACCGUUAAAACUAUGAAUUGCAAACAAAUCUUGGUCUGGAAGAAAAACACUGAAUUUCAAAUGCAAUUCCAGGACGGCGCGUUGACACUCAUUCAUACCUAUCAUGGGUGAUCGUCGGGCCAAAUCCAAGAAAUGCAGAAUGCCUGAUCUUUUAAAAAGCACAGAGAUUUUUGUCCUGACGACGGACAACUUCGCAUGACGUAUGUUUGCUCGUUCGUGUCCCCGAUACGUCUCCUGGUCGUGCACGCAUGCUAGUAUUUCAGUCAUCACGACCAGACCCAGAUAUGUGUUGCAUUUGAUACACGCAUUCGGCGAGGAAAACGCGCUUUUAAUCCAGUCACGAUUGGCUACGGAAGCGAGUUUCGGGAGAGCGGCAAUCGAGAUGCAUAGCGCAAUCAUUGCCGAUCUUUUUAACGAACGCAAGCCUGCAGGAUACGAGGCGCACCGGGGGCUUAUCAAAGUGCACUGUAUGAUCCCAACGCUUGUCUCUUUAUGGUCAUUGGUAACAACGACACAGUGUGAAGAUCUGUACUCACAUUGAUUCGCAUAUCGCCGUUGCAUAAACUCGAUAAUCCAGUUCCAGUCUACGUAACGGAGUCUAUCCUGAGUAAAUGUCGAAAAAAUCUGACUUUUUCGAUACUCGUUCAGGAUAGACUACUCGAACUUGAAUGUGAAUCAAAAAAAUAUUUUGAUUGAAAAGAAGCAUAGAGAGAAGCUGUAGCCCUCUCAUUUUGUCACGUGCAUCCACACCUGUCUUGGAAGAAGAUUGACUUCGCAUGCAUGCAUCAAAAUUUGUUUUCAUACAGGAAUGAGUUGUCGGGCUAUCAUUUUGCACUGUGACAUAAGUGAUCCCCGCUACAGCUGCUGGACCUGAGAUCAUCCCCAAGCUGCCCACGUUGUUCUCCGACAACGUAACCGCAAUGAAGAAACGAUUCGUCCGCCACGGGUCUAAGAAGGGCGUCAAAGUCGAGAUCACGGAGCAGUUAGAGCGGGUGGUGAAGGAAGGUGUGGCGAAGAGCAUCGAAUGUGCAAUCAAUACAGGCAAUACGAACGACAACGGCAGUGACAUUGCACAUGAAGCUUAAAAUCCUGUAUACUACAAACUGGAAACUGUAUAUUUUGUUUUUAGUCGGUGUUGGAAAGGAACACAAUAUAACUCCAGCUAUGGAAGAAGUGAAGCUUGAGCUGAUCGUAAUCUGCAUUGAUUUUGAACAAUUGAUUUGAUCCUUCACCCUGUUGAGCGGCAAGUGGCAAUUUUGCACUAUUGUUACUGAUGAAACACUGCUCUGAAUAUGUAUUUGCACGAAUGCGAUGCCGAACUCGUGCCAAUCAACAAGUUCAUGUACCCUAGCGAUGUAGGUAACUAACAAUCCUCAGCUACGUGUUGCAGACUGCCACUGCACAAACUCUGUAAGAUAUUUGAAUCAAGUUUCUUCAAGAAAACUGAUUUUGACACUCAGGAGCAUUUCGUCUUGCUUACCAGCAAGUGCCGAGGAAACAGGAAGCUUGAGUUUCGUACUUAAAAGGCAAUUACAAUAGUGACAACCUUGCGAAUACGAACAAAAUUUUGAUAACUACCUCAGAAGAAUAAGAAGCGCUCGAAAAAUAUAUCAAAAAGAAAUGCUGCUGGCAAGAGCAUCAUCAAACAAGGAUACAAGUGUAGUAUUUAUCGAACUAAUUAAUACACACAGGACGAGGAGCAACGCUAGAAGGAAUUCAACUAUACCGAAGUCCGUCGUUCUCACCCGUUAGCUCUGAUGGUACACAGCAACAGCUCAGUAUUGAAUCACAAUCCUAAGUCUGUGACAGUGGGGAUUCAUGAGUAAAAAAAAAUGUCAAUAUGUAUAGAAAAAUCCCUUUCUCUAUCGCUACCUCGUACUCUUUCUCUCAAGCGUCGUGAAAAUGAAAUUUUACCUGGAAAAACGCAGAACAAGAUUACUCAGUUGGAUGGAGGAGAUUUUGUGGCGCCCUUCUGUAGUACCUGUCUGUGAGCACUUUAAUCCCAGCUUCUGCGAAAGCUAUCUUUCGCGGUUAUGGGUGCUAUAAGUUCCCGGAUGAACAACAGAGAGUCGCAGCUCAGUACUGGUGAUUGCAAUUUUUGUGAUCUAGAGGUUUCUAGAUCUAGAGAAUUAGCAGUGCUUGUGCAUGUGUGAGACUAAAAGAAGGCGGCUGCUUCCCGUUCUCUUGUAAUUCUGGGGAAUGAAAGGAGAAAGCCAGCUCAAGUGCGGUUGGUCCUCUAGAAACAAACUACUAGCAUAUGGAUUUUAUUGAUUUUGAGCUUCGUAUUUGAAAAAUGAACUGUUAUCUUCGCUACUUACGAAAUUUGAAAAUGUUUUGUACUAUUUGUAAGUGGAGUACUCCCCAAGAUUAUAGCGAUAAUUUGAAAUUUGAAUAAAACUUAUCUGCCCCUGAGCAGGAAACUUGGAGAAGAGGCGGAACUAAUGGCUUGUGAAUGUGAUAGCCUAUCAGCCGUCGAAGCAGAAAUACAAUUGCUUGUGACCACUCGUUUUCAGUCUUGAGCACAAAUUACUACAGACAAAAGGGACACCGGGACUUCUACUUGUACUUGUAGUGAAGUGUUGCAACUGAUGCGGCUGUUGUGUGCCUACUUGUAGAAGAGGGGAACACAGCAAACUGUUUCUGAUUCGGCAUUUUGGACAUUUUGAUUUCGACGAAUGAAAUGUUUUUAUAUCCUUGUGAGGUAGGACGAAUACGAAACAAGGUAUGGCGAGACGAAGCCGCUUCGGUUUUUCG